CAGCUCUUCAACGGCGAGGCUUGCGGGAAAGAUGGAGUGUUCUACGCCUGGUACUACGGAGGCUGCGGACCCUGGAGGGGCCGGACCGUACAAGAGCUCCGAGGAGCAAGAGGGUCGGGAACCGGACGGAGUGCACUUCGACCGCGAGAGGGCGCGCCGCCUAUUGGAAGCGGUGUCCGGUGCUCAGCCGGCAGGGAGGGAGGAAGUGGAGCACAUGAUCCAGAAGAACCAGUGUCUCUUCACCAGCACCCAGUGUAAAGUUUGCUGUGCCAUGCUGAUUUCUGAGUCCCAGAAGCUGUCACAUUACCAGAGCAAAAAACAUGCCAACAAAGUGAAGAGCUACCUAGCAAUCCAUGGAAUGGAGACACUAAAGGGGGACGUGAAGAGGUUAGACUCAGAUCAGAAGAGCAGCAGAAGCAAAGACAAGAACCACUGCUGCCCCAUCUGUAACAUGACCUUUUCCUCCCCUGCUGUGGCACAGUCGCACUACCUGGGGAAGACCCACGCAAAGAACUUAAAGCUGAAGCAGCAGUCCACUAAGGGGGCAGCUCUGUCGAAACACCUUACAAAUCCUUUCCUUGUGGCCUCCACCUUAGCCUUGCACCAGAAUAGAGAGAUGCUAGACCCAGACAAGUUCUGCAGCCUCUGCCAUUCAACCUUCAACAACCCUGUCAUGGCUCAACAACAUUAUAUGGGCAAGAAACACAGGAAGCAGGAGACUAAGCUCAGACUCAUGGCGCACUAUGGGCGACUGGCAGACCCUGCUGUCUCUGACUUACCAGCUGGGAAGGGCUAUCCCUGUAAGACGUGUAAGAUAGUGCUGAACUCCAUAGAACAGUACCAAGCUCACGUCAGUGGCUUCAAACACAAGAACCAGUCACCCAAAACAGUGGUGUCACCUAUGAACCAGAUGCCAGAGCAAACGCAGCCCACUCCAAAGGACUCGAGUGUGGUGGAAGACUAGAGAUGUCUCUGCCUGGUCAGCCACAAGCCAGUUCCCGGUGAUUGUGGAGCCCUUGGCUCCCUCUUCCUCCUUUCUGAUAUCAGAAGAAUAUGGAGGCAUGAGGCCAAAUUGGGUUGCAGACAGCCUCUGACUGGGCCCGGAUGGGGCUCCACCUGGCAUCCUCUUUAGCAUGACCCUACAGGUCAUGUAGGAGACAGGGCUCCAGAGAAGACCUGAGGUGGUGGUUUAGAGGUUAGCCUUCCCUAGCCCCUCUGGGUGCACGUCCUGCAGCCCCAGUAUCUGUUUUUCCGCUCAAGGUCAGCGUGGAGCAACUUCCUGCAGACAGAGGAGAGCAUCAUCUCUGGGCUCCAGGCAGCUCCUGGGACACGAGCUUUCCUGAAGACUUCGUCAGGGGAGCAAACCAGAGACUGAGUGGCUGUCAUGUAGAGACUUGGAGCUAAUGUGUCACUUCCCAUCCCUCAGAUAGAUAGAUGUGCAGGCUUGCCUGGUGUAGAUCCUGCUGCCGUGAAGUCUCCUGGAACACAUACGUAGUCCUAACAGCACUACCAUCUGCUGCCAGUCUCUCCAGUUCCCAAAUGGUGCUCGGAGACAUAUGUAUUUGCUCAGAUCUUGGGGAGACCUGAGUGCCCUGUGGGGUCAUGGGAUGCAUCAAAGGGAGCCUUUGUCAUUUAUCAGAGGUGCUGUGACCCAGGGUUGUGUGAGAAAGUGUGCCACCCGCUCUGUGCCUCCUGCCAGCCUAUUGGAAGGCUGCUUGGUGUUCAUUCUGUGCCCUUGUGUAGUAGACUGUCCCGCCCGGUUGCUGUGGUGCUAUCCUUCCCUUGUCUUCAGGGAGGUUUGGGGGACCCAGGAAGGAGGAGGACUGAAGAAAUGGUGUGAAGAAACGGGCCCCAGGCCCUGAACUGAGAGUUCCCUACCUGGUGUUCUGUGGCCUGAGAAUCCACUGAGAGUAGAUUUUUUUUUUUUUCCACAUAGCUGUGGAGCAAGGAAGUUGGGUACCAUAUAGCAGUGGGGGCAGGACUUUAACUUAAACCUUUGGCCACUCAACCAUCCAAAUAAAGAAUUUCUUCUGUGAACCAGGCUGUAACUUCAGAUCUAGGGAUUAUAGCCAGCCAUGCUGAUACUACUAUAAUAUCCCCACAGUCGGUAGCCUCCAGGGCUCUCGGGUUUAUCUUAUCCCAGGAAAAGUCUACCUGGUGCCCUAAACCCUGUCCAGUUAAUUGACCCAGCCACCUCCAUCGUUCAUGUAGGCCUCCUGAAGGUCUUGAGGGAAUCUGAUUUGGAAUCUGACUUGUUCUUAAGAUGGUCAUUCUAGCUGCUGGGUGGAGAGCUGCAGGGGCCAGUGUGAGAGCUGUGUCCAUAGCUGUCUCUGGGGUCAUCCCUUCAGGAUAUAUCUCCAUGUAUUAACUUCUGAGUUUAUGAGCGAUUGGGUGAGAGUGUCCGUUUCCCGCUCGGGUUAAUGAGCUAGAGGCGUUUCCACGAGCUUCUCCUAGGCCUUCUGGUCCUUGGGAAUGACGGGAAAGGGAGCUCCAGCCUUGGAAACUGAUGCAGAUAGGUCAGACCAAGUAGCCUCAGCUCCAGUUCCCUGCAGCUUUCUGUUCUGGGCAGGCACCUGUUGCUAGCCUGCUAUGAGAGGCUCUUGGCUCCUAGAGUAGGUUCUCAGCUUUCCACUCCCCAACCAUGGGCCACCACAACAGUUUCCCCAGAAUUGUAUGCAGCCCAGUGUGUCAGGAUUAGUAAAUAUUACUAGGUAAGGAAGUGAAGGGGAAGUCAUGGAUGGGCUGACCCGCGUGAGCCCUCGCCAUAUGAGACCUCUUUGUCUAGAGUCAGGAGUCCCUACCAGCUCAUGUCCAGCACCACUGCUGUGGAACCCUAGGGAGGCUCACCCUUGAAAAUUGUGAGUUAGAGAGUUAUAGCAGGCAUCUGGGAAUGCCCCGGACACAAGUGCUCCCAACCUGGAGUAUGAAAAGACUGAGAAAUGAACAUCUGGUCUGUAUAACUUUUGAGGUUUUCCAGUUUGUCUGAAGUAGCCAGGCUAACCUUGAACUGCUGGUCCUCCUGCCUCCACCUCCCUAGACCUGGGGUGAAAGGCGUGUGCUGCCACCUUCAGCUUCAUCCGUUACUGUGUGUGUGAGGGGACAGAGUCUCUGUAGACCAGGCUGGCCUCAAACUCAGAGAUCCGCCUGACUCCGCCUCCUGCGUGCUGGGAUUAAAGGUGUGUGCUGCCGCCACCACCUGUGAGAAGGUUUUUUUUUUUUAAAUGCUAUCUAGUAACCCUUUGAAUCAGUUACAGCCAAGCCUUUCUACAGUUGAACAGUUGUGUUUCUCCUUGAAGGUCAUUCCAAAUAAAGCUGCUGUCAAUUUGG